AGUCACUUCUCAGUCUCAUCGCGCCGGCUAUAAGACGCUGAGCGUUCGCGGGCCUUUCGUAAACUAAACGUAAACUGCCGAUAAAAAGAAAUUCCUAUUGUGAUGUUAGUACGUAAAAAGUGUAUAUAUAAAAAGAGCGUCGUGUGCAUAUUUUCAGUCUUGUUGUGAAGCAAUGGAGAACAUGUCGCUUCCGGGUUCAUUUUUAAUUUCAUACUAUGUGGAGAGCUUUUGGGGUUCACCACGGCCGUUGGUAGACUGGUCAGGAGUGCCAACAUUCAUAUUAGCAGUGCUGGCGGUUGUCAUGGCAGCCACUGCGAUGAUCGUGAGGCCACCAGACAUGAAGCUGCCCAGACGACUCCCUGGUCCACCAGCUCUGCCGAUUAUUGGCACGCGCUGGCUGUUUUGGAGUCGAUAUAAGUUGAACAAACUACAUGAGGCCUAUGAAGAUAUGUUCAGGCGUUACGGGUUGGUGUUCGUGGAGGUGAUGCCAGGGGGAGCUCCUCUAGUGUCCAUAGCGGAGAGGGGGGCGUUGGAGGCAGUGCUGCGCACGCCGGCUAAGAGGCCGUAUCGACCCCCUACGGAAAUCGUGCAGGUCUAUAGGAAAAGCCGACCGGAUAGAUACGCGUCCACUGGAUUGGUGAAUGAGCAAGGGGAGAAAUGGCAUCACUUACGCCGCCAUCUGACUUCCGAGCUAACGAGUCCACAGACUAUACAAGGGUUCAUUCCACAAUUGAACAAUAUCUGUGAUGAUUUCCUCGUCCUUCUGAAGAAUUGCCGUCGGCCAGAUGGCACUGUGCUUGGAUUCGAUCAUCUUACAAACAGGAUGGGCUUGGAAUCUGUAUGCGGUCUUAUGCUUGGUGCAAGGCUAGGCUUCCUAGAGAGAUGUAUGUCGGGUCGGGCGGCGACGCUGGCUGCUGCGGUGAAAGCUCACUUUAGGGCUCAAAGGGACUCCUACUACGGUGCGCCUUUAUGGAAGUUUGCACCUACCAGGCUCUACAAAACGUUCGUGAGGAGCGAGGAAACUAUUCACACGAUAGUAUCGGAAUUAAUGGAGGAAGCGAAGUCAAGGACUCACGGCGCGGCGCAGGAUGACGGCAUGCAAGAGAUCUUCCUCAAGAUACUCGCGAACCCCGAACUAGACACAAGGGACAAAAAAGCCGCCGUCAUCGAUUUUAUCACAGCUGGCAUUGAGACCCUUGCGAACAGUUUGAUAUUUCUGCUAUAUCUACUGAGUGGAAGACCGGACUGGCAACAAAAAAUAAAAUCAGAGCUGCCAUCUUGUGGUGAUUUAACUAUAGAAGAAUUAGCAUUAGCGCCAUCUCUGAAAGCUGCGGCAAAUGAAGCGUUCCGAGUGUUACCCACUGUACCGUUUUUGGCCAGACUUCUGGAGCAACCUGUGAAUAUUGACGGACAUAGAAUACCAGCUGGGACAUUCGUCCUCGCACACACGGUGACCGCGUGCCGGCGGGAAGAGAACUUCUGGCGCGCGAGCGAGUACCUCCCUGAGCGGUGGAUCGACGUGCGCGAGCCGCACGCCGCGUCGCUCGUCGCACCGUUCGGCCGCGGCAAGCGCAUGUGCCCCGGGAAGAGAUUCGUUGAGCUCGAGCUGCAUUUGUUAGUUGCUAAGAUUCUACAAAAUUGGCGGGUGGAGUACGAAGGUGAAAUAGAUGUCCAGUUUGACUUCCUUCUAUCACCAAAGUCCCCAGUCUCCCUAAGACUAGUCGAAUGGUAAACGAUCACAUUCCACUACGUUGCUAAGUUUGUACUGAUAAUAAUUUAAGUGAUAGUUUUACAAAUUAUUGUAUCAUUCUAAGACUUGGUAUUAACUAUUGCUGGUUCUAAAACAGCAAUUAUACGUGUAAAAUAACUUUGGAGAUGGAGUUCGUUAUGCUGAAAGCGUUUAAACCAUGUAUCAACUAUCAAGUAGCUUUGAUCGCCUCAUGCUUCGUGUACAUAUUAUUUCUACCCGCAAGAAAAGCUUAAAUCUUGCGAAAAUACAUCUCCAAAGUUAUUCCUUAAUAAAUUCUUACUUUGUAAAAGGUCAAGACGAGAAAUUUCUGGUCAGUACUUGAGACGACUACCUGUUAAAUAGUUUUAGCCGACAAGUUCCGAUACUUUUGUAUGUUACAAUGACAAUAUAUUUAUCGAGGCCAAUGAAUUUAUGUCUGUUAUAUUAAAUUAUAGUAGAAGGAAAACCAGUGAAAAUACUUUAAGAAUUGCUGAAAGUUGAGGAUACAAAAUAUUGGUCUGAGUUUUGUAUGAUAUUUUUAAAAAGACAGUAGUAUAAGAUAAGAUUUAACGAUUUUGACUCUGGAUGAUUUGACCUGUUUUUUAUUCCUAAGGUUAAAUUGAAAUAUCUUGGAUUGUAAUAUAUCAAUAUAAUUUCAACCGCAUCGAAAUUUUAAGAGAAAAGUAAAACUUUACCUAAAGGACCCAUACAGCACACUUGCAUAUGUAUUUUCGGAGUACUGUGAUAUUUGUACAUAAGUAACUUUAGUAAUUAAAAACAGGUUUAAGACCGAUUACAGUGACAAUAUUGUGAAGAUACUUCAUGGGCGAGUUUUCUCAGUAGGUACGAUGAUACUGUGGUAUGAUGCCAUCAAAGGUUGCCAUGAUGAAACUCGGAAGUCGGAAGGAUAGAAAGACUAAGUGAUACAGGGUAUUGGCACAGUCUGCUCAAAUCGUAUACUUUUCUAUUAACUAUUCAACUUUAUAGUUUAAGUACACUAUCUAGCGUUUAAGAUUUACAACUACACAACGUAGUAAAAUAUGGCUGUGUUAAUAUCAAAAAUUAUAUUUAUAUAAUUAACCGUGAAUACCUCUAUAAGCACUGUACUACGACAUCAGAAAAUGCAUUUAUGAUUUGUCAAGUUAAAUUGAGCAGUGAAUCAAACAAGUAGUUUUAAGAAUUUAGGAUACACCUAUUCCACCUUACAUUAUUGUAUUAAUAAUUAUUUAAUGUGCAGCUUCGCUAUGUUAACCAAACAUUAUAGAAGUGGCCAUUUCCUAAGUAUAAUUUAUUUUUGUUCGCCUAAUAUCGACAUUCAUGUUAUACAAACUUGUUAGAUUUUUUAUGUACCUUGUGUUUAAAUGCUAAUAUUGUUACGGAUAAAAAUAUGGUUAUUUACAUCCAUAUUUAAUCUAAUGUACUCAAUGGGUUAUACUGAAAAUAAUGAGAAAGAGUUAUAAGCUUG